CAUUUUGAUUUUACUUUCGGGCUUCCACUUCCGGUCUCCUUGCCGUGUCGUCUCACUCCACUCAAUACCUUCCGUCUCCUUAUUCUUCUUCUCUUUUGUACAAACCAACAAAACUACCUUUCUUCACCAACUCCUUCCUUUUCUUUCCCACUUUUCAUAUUCUUUCCAUUUGUUUUUUUUAAUCAUUUUAAUGUUUAAAAAAAUAAAAUUUCCAUCCAAAUCCCCCCACCAUUUUCCCUGUUUACUGUAAAGGUCCAACUUCCAACCCAAAGCUCGCUGCUUCCUAGAUAUGUUGAUGGGAGUGUCAUCAUCUUCUUCUUCCAUGGCGCUAACUCCUUCAGUUCCGGGGACUAGAGUGUGGGAUGGAGUUGGUCUUCACAACCCAGCUCCGUUUUUCCACCAUCAUCAUGGCCAUGGUCGCCGGAGAUUUGCUUCUCCGGCGUCUGUUGGGUUCGCACCCUCUUCCAGUUUUGCUGUUUCAGUCUCUCCGAAAAACCCAUUUUCCCACUCCGAUUUGUUCUCUUUCUCUCGGGGAAGAAAACCCAGCAAGAGAAAGAGGCGGGUCGUUGUUGUCUCUGCUGUGUUUGAGAGAUUUACUGAGAGAGCCAUCAAAGCUGUGAUCUUUUCCCAAAGAGAAGCUAAAGCCCUCGGGAAGGACAUGGUGUUUACUCAGCAUCUUUUGCUGGGUUUGAUCGUAGAGGAGGAGGCGUAUCGUCAUAGUUCUUCUACGGCUGAUGGGUUUCUCGGGUCCGGUAUCACCGUUGACGAGGCACGACGUGUCGUUAGGAGCAUUUGGAAUGACCAGACCACUGCUGGGGUUAGGGUGGAUGAUUCUGAUGCCCGUUUGGUUUCUACGGCCGACGUGUCGUUUUCCAUUAGCACAAAACGUGUACUUGAAGCGGCACUGGAGUAUUCAAGGACAAGAGGUUAUAAUUUCAUAGCGCCAGAGCACAUUGCCAUUGGCUUAUUUACUGCUGAUGAUGGAAGUGCUGCUCGGGUCCUCGGAAGGUUGGGGGCUAACAUAAACCAGUUGGCAGCUGUGGCAGUCUCCAGACUUCAAGGGGAGCUUGCCAAAGAUGGUAGAGAACCAUCAAGGGCAUCAGAAGGGAUGCAGGAAAAAUCUUUUUCAAAAAAAGUGAGAUCCGUUGAAAAAGCAAGAGACAAAAGUGCUUUGGCCCAAUUCUGUGUGGAUUUGAAUGCUCGUGCAAGUGAAGGACUUAUUGAUCCUGUUAUUGGCCGAGAAACUGAAAUUCAAAGAAUGGUUCAGAUACUUUGUCGCAGAACAAAAAAUAAUCCUAUUCUUCUUGGUGAAAGUGGGGUAGGAAAAAGGGCCAUCGCUGAGGGGUUGGCAAUUAGUAUUUCUCAGGAAGAUGUUCCUGAUUUUCUGUUGGAAAAACGAGUAAUGUCCUUGGAUGUAGCACUAUUAAUGGCUGGAGCAAAGGAGAGGGGAGAGUUAGAGGCACGUGUUACUUCAUUGAUAAAUGAAGUACAGGAAGCAGGAAAUAUUAUUCUUUUUAUUGAUGAAGUUCAUAUCCUUGUGGAGUCCGGCACAGUUGGUCGGGGAAACAAAGGGUCUGGCCUUGACAUUGGCAAUCUAAUGAAACCAUCGCUUGGGAGGGGUAAAUUACAGUGUAUUGCAUCCACAACUGCAGAUGAAUACAGGCUACAUUUUGAGAAGGAUAAGGCAUUAGCUCGAAGAUUUCAGCCUGUGUGGAUUGAUGAACCAAGCCAGGAUGAUGCAGUCAAGAUACUGUUAGGGCUAAGUAAGAAAUAUGAGGCCCAUCAUAAGUGCAGAUAUACAAUGGAAGCCAUAAAUGCUGCUGUAUAUCUAUCAGCAAGAUAUAUAUCUGAUAGAUACCUUCCUGAUAAAGCCAUUGAUCUCCUUGAUGAGGCUGGAAGUAGAGCUCGUAUGGAAGCCUUUAGGAGGAAAAAAGAACAGCAAAUUGGUAUACUUUCUAAGUCACCAGAUGAUUAUUGGCAAGAAAUUAGAACUGUUCAGGCCAUGCAUGAAGUGCAGGUUCAAGCAAGCAAGCUAAAAGCUGGUGCUGCUUCUGACAUGAAUGAUAUUAGUGAACUCACUUCAGAUUCCAUUUUGCCUUCAUCGUCAAAUGAUGAGUUUACAGUGGUGGGGCCGAAUGAAAUAGCAGCUGUUGCUUCUCUAUGGUCAGGGAUCCCAGUUCAGCAGCUCACUGCAGAUGACAGAAUGCUUUUAUUGGGUCUUGAUGAACAACUUAGAAAACGGGUUGUUGGUCAAGAUGAGGCGGUCACUGCCAUAUCUCGAGCCGUUAAGAGAUCUCGGGUUGGUUUGAAGGAUCCUGACAGACCCACAGCGGCACUGCUUUUUUGUGGCCCUACUGGGGUUGGCAAAACAGAACUGACAAAAGCUUUGGCUGAAUGCUAUUUUGGAUCGGAGGAAGCAAUGCUACGGUUUGACAUGAGUGAAUAUAUGGAGCGCCAUUCUGUGAGCAAAUUAAUAGGAUCACCUCCUGGUUAUGUUGGCUUUGGAGAGGGAGGUGCAUUAACAGAAGCUAUUAGAAGACGCCCAUUUACAGUCGUACUGUUUGAUGAAAUAGAGAAAGCUCAUCCAGAUAUAUUCAACAUCCUGCUCCAAAUGUUCGAAGAUGGUCACCUUACAGAUUCUCAGGGAAGGAGAGUCUCAUUCAAGAAUGCAUUGGUAGUGAUGACUUCUAAUGUGGGUUCAACCAUCAUUGCAAAGGGUAGAAACAGCUCAAUUGGUUUCUUGCUUACAGAUGAUGAGUCAACUUCCUACGCUCAAAUGAAAACAGCAGUAAUGGAAGAACUCAAGACAUAUUUUCGCCCAGAGCUGCUCAACAGGAUUGAUGAAGUAGUGGUGUUCCAUCCCCUUGAUAAAUCUAAGAUGCUCGAGAUCUUCAACAUAUUGCUGCAAGAGGUUAAGGGGAGGCUCAUGUCUCUAGGAAUUGGUCUGGAGGUCUCCGAGUCAGUCAAGGACCUUGUAUGCCAGCAAGGCUAUGACCCGAUAUAUGGUGCCCGGCCACUUAGGAGGGCAAUUACUUCAAUAAUUGAAGAUCUCUUGAGUGAAGCUGUUCUUGCUGGAGAGUAUAAGCCUGGUGACACUGUCACUGUUGAUUUAGAUGCUUCAGGAAACCCAUUUGUGAUGAAUCAAUCAAAUAGAAACAUACAAUUAUCUGAUACAGCAUCAAGUUUGUAAUUAGUUCAUAAUUCAUGAUUAACACUGUAGGUAUAGCCGUACUAUAUAUCUUUUUCUUAUUUUCCUCAAAAUGAUCUUUUUUGUAGUUCAGGUAAUUGAUUAACUGUAAAUAAGUACAUUAAUUUCAGUUAUUCUUUGAUACAUAAGAUACAAAUAAAAUUAUAGGGCAAAAUUGGUAUCCUACCAUACCUUUAUAGUUUC